ACGUAGUCAUCUUAUUGUGAGCUGUGUACCAUAUUCCAACUUUGCCUGAGGCUGAAGUCUAGGAAGGAAGGCGCUUGUUCUCCCAGUUCUAAGUUCUGAGGCCCACUGUCAAGGAGCAAAGCAACACAAAUGUCUUCUAUCUUCGGGCUCGGCUAAGCUUAGCUCCUUGACCAUAAAAGUCUACUCGCUUUAACGAACUUAUCAAGAGCGUGCAGUUCAACUUGUCACAUCUGGGGGACGUAGUCUAAAACAAUGGCGUCAACUGCGUUGUUGGCACCAAAAUGUGGCGCCUGCAGACUGAGCUCCAAAAGCCUUUUGAAUUCCAGCAAUGCUGAAUCGAGCACACAGAUUGUGGCUCCCUCCUUCUGCAAGGCGGCUUUGACACUGCCUGGGUCGAAUAAUGUCCGUGCCACUCUUGGAAGCAAGCGGUUGUGUCAAAUUCGGCCACUGCAAAGAAUGUUCAGGGAGGCUGCGCAGAGUCACAGGUGCGGCGUAAGAGCGCAAGCAGCCCCCAGCAGUGGUGUUGCUGAGGACGUGCGGGAAGAUGAUGUCCUCCCAGACAGUCUCCAUGGCGCUGUGUAUCAGUCUGCAGAAGCGGCCGCUCGCUUGUUUGACAGUGGUGGGGAUCGGGCUUUGGUGGAGUUGCUUUUCCCUGAGCUCGAGAGCAUGGCCAACGAAGGCGACCAGCAGCGGCUGUGGGACCUCUGCAAAGAGUUCGUGCUGGCGUUCCAGGAGAAAUCGGGGAUUGAGAAACUGCGGGUGGUUUUUGCGGACAUGGGGGCUGCGGCCAUGCUGGCACACAAGUGGGCUGAUGCGCCGUUCACGAUUUCAAGUUUGAACGACCGGAAACCGGUACAAGACGACGACGAGGCGGCUAUUCUGGUGUCACCCGACCACACGGCCCUGCGCGCGGUCGAGAAAGUUGUCAAAGCAUUUGACGAGCACGAGUUUGUCCGCCCGCUUGUACUCUGGAACCCUCGACUGAUCAGUGGGGAUGUCGGCGUGGGUCUCAACGUCCGAAACUUGCGGCAAGGGAUGCUAGGGACCUUCACCGUUGCAUACUCUCUGAAAUCGCUUCCCAACGGCAGCGUCUAUAGAAGCUACCCAGACCCUUGGAAAGUUUUCUUCGCGGAUUCGAAGCUCCCGGGGCGGUACAACCUGGCGGGGGUGUCGGAUGAGCGGCCGGGGCCUGAUCAGAUCGAGCGACUGGCCAUGGGCGAGUCAGCUAGAGAUAGCGGGAGAGAAGAGCCCACAACCGUCGACAAAGCGGCAGGCGUAAUCAAUUCGUUUUCCAGGUUCAUGAAGUCUUUGUCGCAAUAAGGAGUCUAAGAUACUGCGACAAGAGAUGUCACUUGGUUUGGUAAAUGAUAUAUGUCCCUUCGUUAUUGUAUUCAACUUAGUACGAAUUUGUGGCCGUAUGCGGAAAACUUCGACGACACAACACAUUAUGGAUGCCACAGGAUGAGCAAACAGCGCACGUCACAGGUCAUAACACGACUCUCAUUGAUUCGAUCAAUGCUUCAGUCGGGC